CUAGUUUGCGCGCGCGGGAGGAGGGACCAGGGCAUCUGGCGGAGUUGUUCUGGACCAGAGGGCGAGAGAGUGGCUCUUCUGCGGAAAGCACGAGCGCAUCCAGGACUUUAUUCCCAGUUUCUCGUCUUCUCCCCCCUUCUGUUAUUAACCUGUCUCUUCCCAGUGAGAUGAGGAAGUGAUACCAUUGGGAUUCAGCAAGUUAUUUGGAGAGUUCGGAAGUUGUUCGAGAGAGUUCGGACGGGAGAUGGCGACGAUCAUGGGUUUCCAGUGGGUGGCGCUUUGCUGCUUCCUGAUCGGCGCUGUGACUAAUGCCCAAGAGUGCAGCACGAAACAUGAAUGUCCCAUAGACGUGUACUUCACCAUCGACACCUCGGAGACCAUCGCCCUCCAGGAAUCCCCCCCUGGAGCCCUUGUGCAAAGCAUCAAGGAAUUCACACAGAGGUUAGCAAAUCGUUUGGAGGAUGUUGAGUACAAGGGGUUGGUCAAGAUGCGGUGGAACGUAGGUGGGCUUCACUUCUCCCAGACACAGGUGACCAGCUCCAUUGGACCAAAGGAUGCCUUCAUGAAGUGGGUGAAGAAUAUCGUCUACUUGGGCAAGGGCACCUACAUCGACUGCGCCCUCCGCAAAAUGACGGAGGAGAUGGGCGCGCGGGUGAGCAGGCCCUCCGACCCGCGCGCCCUGCGCUUCGCCGUGGUCAUCACCGACGGCCACGUGACCGGCAACCCCUGCGGCGGCAUCAAGGUGACGGCCGAGCGGGCGCGCGACGAAGGCAUCCGCAUGUUCGUGGUGGCGGCGUCCAAGAACGUGGACGAGACGGGCCUGAAGGAGAUCGCCAACUCGCCGGCCUCCGUGUACCGCCGCGACUUCAUGGCGGUGGACCUGAGCCAGGGCCGACCCGUCAUCCACGAUGACACCAUCAACCGCAUCGUCGACACCAUGGUUCACCUGGCGUACGUGGAUUGUUACAAGGUGUCCUGUCUAGAGACCCCGGGCCCUUCUGGUCCGAAGGGACACAGGGGUCAGAAAGGAGCCAAGGGGGACAACGGAGACCCAGGUCUUAAAGGGAGCUUUGGUCGUCCCGGAGACCCUGGUAUCGAAGGUCCCAUUGGUCAGCCUGGUAUCAAAGGAGAAGUCGGCCUCUUAGGAGACAAGGGAGAGAUUGGAACCGAAGGAAAGAAGGGUGUCGCCGGUCUCCCAGGACGCAACGGGACAGACGGACAGAAGGGUAAGAUCGGACGCAUCGGGGCCCCGGGCUGCAAAGGAGAUCCAGGCGACGUGGGUCCCGAUGGUCACCCCGGAGACGUGGGUACGGCUGGUCUCGGCGGAACCGAUGGCGAGAAGGGAGAUGGUGGUCGCCCUGGGAGAUUCGGCCCACCUGGGCCUGCUGGAGACGGGGGACCAAAGGGAGAUAGAGGAAGUCCUGGCUCGCCUGGUAUCCCUGGACAGAAAGGGACCUCAGGAACAAUAGGAUCUCCAGGGGCCAAGGGAGAAUUGGGCAGGAGGGGAGACUUUGGACCCAAGGGUGGCAUGGGAACGGACGGAGGGAGCGGAGACAAGGGUGAGAUGGGGCCCGAGGGCUUGAGGGGACUUCCUGGUGAGCAGGGGUCCAAGGGCUCAAAGGGUGACAACGGCCUCCCAGGACCCAGAGGACCGGCAGGAGCAUCAGGAGAGCCCGGGAGAAACGGUACGCGUGGAGACCCCGGUGAUGCCGGCUCCAGAGGCGAGCCUGGACUACAGGGGCCCAAGGGUGAUGGAGGAAGACCAGGCUUCAGCUACCCGGGACCAAGGGGACCAUCGGGAGACAGAGGAGUAAAGGGCAACAACGGACCCAGAGGCAGCAGAGGGGACUGCGGCCACAAGGGAGAGGCCGGGGGGAAGGGUACCCCAGGAGAGCUGGGAGAGCCCGGACCCGGAGGGGAGCCCGGCCGCAGGGGCACAAGAGGAGAGCUCGGAAGGGAUGGGGACCCCGGCCCCGAGGGAGAUCCUGGUCUGACGGAGUGUGAUGUCAUGAACUACAUCAGAGAGACGUGCGGCUGCUGUGACUGUGAGAAGCGUUGUGGCGCCCUGGAUAUUGUGUUUGUGAUUGACAGUUCCGAGUCGGUGGGUCUGACAAACUUCACGCUGGAGAAGAACUUUGUGAUCAACACCAUCAACAGAUUGGGCUCCAUGUCCAAAGACCCCAACUCAGCCACCGGCACCAGGGUGGGUGUGGUCCAGUACAGUCACAGCGGAACCUUCCAGGCCAUCCGUCUCAACGACCCAAAGAUCGACUCCCUGUCCGCUUUCAAGGAUGCGAUGAAGAGUCUGGAGUGGAUCGCGGGGGGCACCUGGACGCCCUCGGCGCUGAAGUACGCCUACGACCACCUGAUCCGGGACAGCCGGCGUGCCGAGGCCAACGUCACCGUGGUGGUGAUCACCGACGGGCGCUUCGACCCCCGCGACGACGACUCCCUGCUCACCUACCUCUGCAGCGACCCCACGGUGGACGUGAGCGCCAUCGGCAUCGGGGACAUGUUCGACAAGGUGGAGGAGAGCGAGAGCCUGAAGAGCAUCGCGUGCAACAAGGACGGCCGCGUGCUGGGCAUGAGGCGCUUCGCUGACCUGGUGGCCGAGGAGUUCAUCGACAAGAUCGAAACCGUGCUGUGCCCAGAUCCCGUCAUCGUCUGCCCAGAUCUUCCAUGCAAAUCAGGAGGGGGCACGGCCGAGGGGCAAGCCCCUCCCCCUUGGAAGCCUCUGUCUGAAGAAGGAAACCCCGCCUCCGUCCCCACCUCUCUGGAGGGCGUGGCCAACCUGCUCAGCGGCCUGAGCGAGCAUCAGUACGGGGUUGGCGUGGCAACCAUGGCCUACACCGCCCAGAGGGCCAAGAUGAGCACGGGGAUGGACCGGCAGCAGUGGACCGAGCUGUUCAUCGACUCCUUCAAAUACGUCUACGGCGACAUCCUGGGAGACCCGACGCGCGCCUUGGGACUCUGCUAGUUAUUGACAUGCUAACCCCGCGCUACCUCGCACUUGGCUUCCUCAUAGAGAGACAUAGAGAAUAAGCUAGCUAGCUGCCGCCGCUGCUCCUAGCGUAGAGGUCGUAUUUAAACGUUAGCACUUUUUUGGCUGUUACUGAGCUUAUGGCGGUCUCCGAGUGAGGCUCUUAUUGUGUGUAAGUGUCUCGUUGAUGGGUGGACAUAAGUUUACCCUGGAGUAUAUAUCAAACACGUUUCUGUGAAGACAAAGAGUCCUUUUUCCCUUCAGUGGUUUAAAAUAAGUGUUAUAAUAUGAUACAUAUCAUUCUCUCCGCGCCAAGUGGAGGGAAGUGUUUGGGGUUGUGCUGGAACAGUUUACCUCAUCAUGAGAUCAUGAGGAGGUUAGCGUCCAUGGAGCCAUUCAUGAAGGUUUGGGUGUAGUGACACUCAUUCCAACUGUGAACCGCAUCGUGUGUUUUUGCUGCCGUUUUGCACGUUCCCAUGGUUACGCCCAUCUCUAGACUUGAUUUUUUUUUUAGGUGACUCACUUUACGCGGUGUGUGAAACAAGCGGCAAAAGUGUGCGGCCAAUAUUCAUUCCUUCUGUUUUUUUUGUUUAACGGAAAAUGCUGACGCAUAAACAUCAUUAUCCUUGGGAGUUCCUGGGAAUUGGCGAGGAAGUCAAUUAUGCGUGUAUGUGUGCGUGCGUGCGUGGGUGUAUGGGCCAAGACUAGCUGACGGUUAAUGCUUUGUGAGUUUUAUAACCCUGAAAUAUGAUAUUUUGCAUGUAUGCACAGAGCCUGAUUUUGUAGUGGGGAUUACCUCCAUCUCUUGUUUAUAACCAUGACAACGGCGUAAUCCUGUAUGGCGUUGUGUCGUGAAAGUUAUGUGACUGCAGCUUGCUAAUGUUUCUAAUACAUUGAUUUUUGGAAAUGUGAAUGAAAGUCAAAUGUCUCACUCUUUACGAGAAUAAAGUAGAUCUCAGUGCAUUGAAACAGCUGUUAUUCCGAUGAACCCCCCCUAUGAUCUGAGUGUGUGAGACUGAUGGGUUUAGAAUCAAAGCACUGAGCUGGUCUCUAUCCUUGUUUAACCCCCAUACCAAAAAAAGACUGAACCCUUCAAGCCGUAUACAGACACGCAAUAAAAACAAAUGUUCCCAUCUGGGGUUGAACAUGUGCCUGCCAGCUGUGCGUUUGAUCCCUCACACCAUGACAUUUCACACUGUUAACAUUAAACACAACUGCUCAAUGCC